AUGCUUCGCCCUUUGCGACGAACAUGGACAUGUCGCAAAUGCCUACUGCGGCCCCAAUAUCGAGCCUUCGAGAGCGCCGCAUCUUCCCCGUCAACGUCGUUCGAGUAUAUUCCAGCGGAUAACAGUUCACCAAGAAAGAAGACCGACGACCAUACUCUACGGCGAGUUUUUGAUUCCCAACCGUUUUGGAAUGAAUUCUCCCAGCAGCGCACGACCUCCGUCCCAAAGCGAGCUGGAUUGGUCCAAAAUCAAUACCUGACAAGUCCCGAGGGCUUUAGGACAUUCGCUAAUGUCUCGCUACAAAGAUGCCAGGCUAUUGUAGCCAAGGUGCUUGCGGCCUCGACGGUUGAAGAAUACAGGGCCCUUGCACGCGACCUUGACCAGCUGAGCGAUCUCCUGUGUCGUGUCAUCGACUUGUCCGACUUCAUUCGAACCAUUCACCCCGAUCCGAGAAUACAGGAAGCAGCCACGCAGGCGUGGGCUCUUAUGUUUGAAUAUAUGAACGUUUUGAACACAACCACGGGGCUUCAUGACCAACUCAAUAAGGCCUUGAACAACCCCGACGUGACAUCAUAUUGGACCGAGGCAGAACGGAUCGUGGCACAGAUCCUCAACAAGGAUUUCUCGAACUCUGCAAUUCACAUGCCGCCCAAUGUGAGGCAGCGGUUUGUAAAUCUCUCAAAUGAUGUGAGCCAGUUGGGUUCCGAUUUUAUGAAUGGGGCGGAGCCUGCAAGAUCCCAGGUGGUCUUUGGUGCCAAUAGCCUCCAAGGCUUGGAUCCUAUGGUUGUCUCCAAGCUCAAGCGAUGGAAUAAGAAAGCGCCAGUUCCGACUACAGGUAUUGUCCCUCGACUCGUUCUGCGCUCGGUACAUGAUGAAGAAGUUCGCAAAGAGAUGUAUAUCGCGACUCGAACAUCCAGCAAGCGCCAAAUUCAAAGACUGGAGGAACUUUUGGUGAAGAGGGCAGAGUUGGCACAACUUACAGGCUAUAAUAGCUUCGCGCACAUGACUCUCGGCGACAAAAUGGCCAAGACGCCCGAAGCAGUAUCAAACUUUUUGACUUCGCUUGUGUCAAGCAACCAAGGUCUAGUCCGGGAAGAACUAUCUAAGCUGCAGGCCUUGAAGGGAGACUCCGCCCUUCAACCCUGGGACCACGCAUACUACGUUCACAAGCGCGUUUUGGAUUAUUCCCUAGCUCGUCGCUCUCGUCACAUGGGUGUUGUCAACGAGUUCUUUUCUUUGGGGACAGUGAUGCAAGGUCUCUCUCGACUGUUUGACCGUUUGUAUGGUGUACGUCUAGUUCCCCAUGAAGCAUCUCCCGGCGAGACUUGGCAUCCCGACGUCCGUCGAUUGGAUGUGGUGGAUGAAUCGGAGAAUCACAUUGCAGUCGUCUACUGCGACCUAUUUACACGGCCGAGCAAACACCCGAACCCGGCUCACUUUACUCUGCGCUGCUCGCGCGAAAUCUCUCCAGAGGAGAUCGCCGAGUGUGCGUCUAUGAACGAAUCUGCGCACCCGAACGAUGGCAUGGCCACUGGUGUAGAUCCGCAGACUAACACUCUGCGCCAACUUCCAACCAUCGCCCUCGUGUGUGAUUUCCAGGAACCUCAGGCCAAUGGCAGCGGCCAGCCAACUCUCUUGAGUGAGCAGAGUGUUCGCACUUUGUUCCACGAGAUGGGCCACGCUGUCCACUCCAUCCUGGGCCAAACGCCUCUACAGUCCAUCUCCGGUACUCGGUGCGCCACGGACUUCGCCGAACUUCCUUCCGUAUUGAUGGAGAGCUUUGCGACUGCGCCAGAGGUGCUGCGCCUCUACGCGCGACACUGGAAGACCGACGAGCCUUUGUCUGAGAGCAUGAUGCAGAGCAUGGAGCUAGACCGCACUGCGCACGGGUCCAUCUACGGCGCCGUUGAGAAUGAAGCACAGAUCCUCAUGGCUCUCGUCGAUCAGGCAUAUCAUUCGAUCCCAGCCGAAGUCAGCUCCGCUGGCAUUGAUUCCACCGAUAUCUACCAUCGAGUCUUUUCCGAGUAUUCCAGUCUACCCGAGCCGAACAAUAUUCCGCGCACUUCUUGGCAGGGCUUCUUCGGCCACUUGUAUGGUUACGGUGCCACCUACUAUAGCUAUAUAUUUGAUCGCGCGAUCGCAAACAAACUCUGGCAGGACGUCUUCCUGUCUGGUCAUGCGGCAACUGACCGUGCCGCCGGUGAGCGAUACAAGAACGAAGUCCUCCGUUGGGGUGGUGGCCGCAAUGGCUGGCAGUGUGUGGCCGGUGUCCUGGGAGACAAGAACCCCUCCAAUGCCAACGGACGGUUAGCUGAAGGUGGCGACGAGGCCAUGCGUGAGGUUGGCCGCUGGGGCCUCGGGCGUGAAGGCGUGUCCGGAUAA